AUGUCUAUCUCAACAGUGACAGUUUCUUCAGUUCAAUACAAUUACGCCGAAGUAAUAUCGACAAGCGUUUGUGGCCAGAGCACCACACAUACAUAUGGUGUUGCAAUCGGUGCGAAAUCUAGUGGUGUCGAUACUUGUUUAAGACUGCCUCAAAAUUCAAUUUCUGGCAACUGUAUAUCAAGUCCAGUUCGAUAUCUUGUGGAUACAACAGCAUCGUGUGAUACAACAACAUCCGAAAUCCUCUGCUCAGCUGGAACGAAACUUGAUGCAGCUUAUUAUACAUCCUUCAGCAUAGGCAAUAUUGUUGCCAGUGUCUCCUACUUUUGCUCUCGAACAAUCAAUGACCCUCUUCAUGUGAAGACCAACCUUGGCUCAACAAGCACAAAUACUGAAAGUCUUUUUCAGCAAACUUCACUGACAACAGACCCGACUACUUGCAACUAUGCUGCACCAUUAUUUUCGUCUGCUGGCUCUUCUUGUCAAAAUUCGGUGGCAUCAGUCAGCUAUACAAUUACCUGGAACGGAACGAACAUAACUGCUUUUGAUGUUGCGGUUACUUUGGUAAAUGUUAGCUUGACUACUACGGAUUUAGUAUCUUCUGGAUCUGGACCGAAUUUCGUACUGGCUCAGAAAUUCACUACAACAUUUGUUCCAUCGACUUCAACGAAUGCUGUUGCACAAUCCGGAGAUCCCGGUUACGAAUACGGACUUCCAAUUAUCAGCGCGGAAGACACAGGAGCAACUGAAGUCAAUAGGACGACGCAAUUGAGCGUUUGGAGUCCAACGUCUUCUGGUCUUUGUGCUGAUGCUUCUCUCACCCAACCUCUGUUCGGAUAUGAUUCUGUAUCUGGAUGUACGCUUGUAUUCAGCUAUCAAAACUGUACUCAACUUCGUGCAUUAGUUGAAGCUGAGCAGCUCAAAUUAUUAUCAGCAAAUCGGGUAUCUCGAUUUGGAAAUCCGAGUAACACCGCAUCAUCUGUGGAUUGGAUCGCAAUUGUAAACAAUAUCUCCGAUUUCGUUGAAGAGAAUGUCACUGCAGGGCAAUGCCAAGGAAUCCCGAGUCUCGUGGUAUUAGAAAUUUUAUGGGCUAAAACAGGAGAAGGAAAUAAUGUUGAUAUACGAGAAAUUGUUGGUGCAAGAGUAGACUUGGUUCGUGAAACUUGGGAAAUCCGUUGCGUAGAUGGCGAAACAAAUUGUGAGUUUUACACAUAUCCAAUAUAUAGCACUGUCACAUUCACAGAAGUUCCACCGCAGGCUACAACUCCACUGACUCUGUACGAGAUCAACAGAAAUGACACUUGCAAACGAGAUGCGACAUGUUGGCCUGAAUUACUUCUACCCAUUCAACCUGAAUUUUUCUAUCUGUAUGAUCUCACAACAGCAGACACUUUGAGAUCAUAUAACUAUGGUUGGGCCUUACUUGUGACAUUCUUUUCAGUUGCUGCAGCGAUAGUACCAGCUCAUUGGAGUUCUGUCGGUCGAUAUUUGAAGCAAGUUUUACCACUGUGAAUCAAGAAUUUCAUAUAGUUAUUAUGGUACAUGGUGUAAACACAUGCUGCAAGCCUCGAUUGGAUGGGGUGCAAGUCUUAAAAUCAUUCCACUGUUUUUUUUUGUAUAUUUUUUUCUAUAUUGAUAGCUUUUGUACCUACCAGUUAUUCAUGAAAUAUCUCUUAUUUUUAUAAGCAAAAAGCGAUAUCAUCACAUGGAACUUGGCUAAAUGAAAACAGCAGCCCAUCGUUAGACAUAACCAUAUGUUUAGUUUUGAAUAUAUAUCAUGCAUUUGUUUAUUAAAAUA